CUCCUUCUCUGUCUCGAUCCCUGGGAGGAGGCUGAGCAGGAUGUUGUAAGUGGGGCUGCUUUGCUCUUCCCCGUCCCGGAUCCGAGCUCCUCUGAAGCGCCGCCUCUCGCUCCUCUAUCUUGCCCAGAGUACACACUCCAUCCCCAAGAUGGAAAUUCCAUCAGAUAAAACUCCAGCCUUGCCUGCUACCCCCAAGGCCGGUGACACUGUAGCAGUUUCUCAGAGUCUUAGUUCAGGGAAACAGCUGAUGAGUGCAACACUUAGAGAACGGCUAAAGAAAACGAGAAGUUCAUUUAAUUCCUGUUAUGCCCUGGCAAAACGGCUUAAAGUAGAUACUGAAGAAAAUAACUCCACCACUUCAAAGACAGCAACAUCUUCCUCCGAUGGAAGCUGCUCUGGCUCUUCAGAAAACUGUAAAAACAUGGAAAAAGCAGCUGAAGAAAGUCUGUAUUUGAAAGACCCCUUAAAGGAUGUUGAUGUUUAUAGAAGCGAGUCUCUUGAAAUAAGUAGUUUACCAGAUAAUCUCCCAGUAGUUUCAGAAGAUCGUAACACUGGCAAGAAAGAAUUGCUUGAAGAAAAGAUGGAAUUGUUGAAGCAAGUUCAAGAGAAGGAAGAACUUCUUCGAAGACUAAAAUUGACCAAAAUGUAUAGGUCAAAGAAUGACCUUUCACAGUUACAGUCAUUAAUAAAGAAGUGGAGAAAUAGUAGCCAGCUGCUGCUUUUUGAGCUGCAAUCAACAUUAUCUAUGGAGAACAAGAAACUAAGCCUUACUCAAUUGAUAGACAUUUAUGGACUAGAAGACCAGUUACUACAUUACAACAGAAUUGACGAAGAAUUUAUAGAUUUUUAAUUCAGAUUAUUUUCAAAAAUAUGCCUUUGAGAGGGAAGGAUAGCUGAGUUCAAGGAUAUCUCUGAAUGUUAACAAAAAGAUACUAGACAAAGCAUAAAAAUUAUUAUAGUUUAAAUUGAUUGGAAUGAUACAUUGUGAUGAAAUAAAAUGUAGACCAUGUUAGUUCUGUGAUAAGAAUCUGAAUCAAAGAAAAAAAUAAAAAUAAAAAUGUUUCUAAGGCAA